AUUUCCGUCCAUCCAUCCAAAACCACUAUCAGCCAUGUUCAGAGCCACCCGAGUCGCCUGCUCCGCCCUCCGCCCCUUGAAGACCUCUACGAAUAUCCAUGGUCUCCCCGUCCACCAAAACCCCCUGCCCGCCCUCACCACCAUCUACACCACCACCCUCGCUUCCCUGACACACCUCCCCUCCACAUCAGUCUACCGCCAAGCUACGGAAGCGAUCACCAAGCACCGAAUGUCGAUCGUCGAGCAGGCGCAAGGGAAUGUGGAGGAGGCCGAGGAGAAGCUGGGCGGUAGGGUGGUGGAAUGGGUUAUUGAGGAGGCUGAAAGAGAGGCGGCUCUGGCAGCAAAGGUGGUUGAGUGGAAAGUUUGGGAACCUCUUGUCGAAGAACCUGCUCCUCAACAAUGGCGAUACUUUGAGCCCCUGAGCGACGACGCUUGAUUCUUUUCUCUUUUCACGACUUUAGCAUUGUAUGGGGAGACUCCGUUGGAGCUGCAUCGAGAUGCAUGAUACCAAGACGAUCAA